AGAGAUGUAUGGCUGUGACUACAAACUCCACCGAGAAGUCUCUCGAGUCGCGUUCCAACGGCAAGAUACCCUGACCGCCGGUGCUUCUUCGGCCUCUUCUCUUGCUCUGCUUCGUGGCCUUCUUAUGAUCGCCUUAUGCUCUCCUCACACGGUAACACCCCAUCGUCUUGCUCAACUUACUGGAUCGUCAAUGGACACCAAGCGCUCCGGCCGUCCGAUCGACGGGCUCCCCAUCCUGGCCCUUCUUUACUUGCUCCCUUUGCUUCUCCUCACCCCUCGGUGCGCCCGCGCCCAGCCAUCACCGACCUUCGGUGGCAGCAACGAUAACAAUUACGGGAAUUUGAACCCGACAUUAGCCAUCGUGAUCGUCGUCAUCAUCAGCACCUUCUUCGUCCUCGUCUUCUUCUCCCUUUACGUCCGCAACUGCACCGGCCAAGACGACUUUGGAGGGUCCAUCUGGCGCCGUGCUGCCGAGGCCCGGUCGGUGCGGCCUCAACAGCGGGGUCUGAGCCCCGAGGUGCUCGAGACUUUCCCCACGCUGAUGUACGCGGACGUGAAGGGACUCAAGGUCGGCAAAGGAUCGUUGGAGUGCGCGGUAUGUCUAAGCGAAUUCGAUGACGACGAAGAACUGCGCCUCCUCCCCCGCUGCAGCCACGUCUUUCAUACGGACUGCAUCGGCGCCUGGCUCGCCUCCCACGUCACCUGUCCUGUCUGCCGCGCUAACCUCGCCGAACCUACGGCCGUCGACGGCCUCGAACCGACGCCUGCCACCGCCGAGGCCUCGAGCACCCAACCCGAUACAGCCCCGCCGCCGGACCAUGUCGCAAUCCUCGUGGACCGAAUGGCCGCGGCGGCGGCGGAGGAGGAGGAGGAGCAGAGGGAAAAGGCGAUAUUAGCGCGCAUCGGUAGCCGAACGCGAGAAGCUAGGUCGCGAUCCGGGCGUCGGCCGCCGAAGUUCCCGCGGUCUCACUCGACCGGGCAUUCGGUGGUCCGGCCAGAGGAGGACCUCGAUCGGUACACCCUCCGGCUACCAGAGCACAUACAGAAGGAGAUCUUCGCCGCCAGGAAGCUCGAUCGGUCUGCGAGCUGUGUCACGUUCCCGACCUCCGGUGGGGAGUGCUCCCGGCAUGGUUCUGGCGGGUGCGGCGCAGAGGGGAGCAGCCGCGGUGGGUGGAGCGCCCAGCUCGAGAAGCUGGACCGGUGGUCGUCGGUCUUGUUGCGGACGCUCUCUGUAAAGGUCCCGACGUGGGCGGGGAGAAGGAGAGGGGAGGGAGAGGGCUCGGUGAGAAAGGAAGAGGGAGAGGGCUCGACGACGGGCAAGUUAGCCGCCGGCAUUCCCUCCGUCGUCCCCAAUGUUUGACCGUGUAAAGCUGCUCUUUUCUCCCCUCUUGACUUCACUUUCUUCGGUUUCUUUUUGUUAUUUAUAUAAUAUAUAGAAAUAUAUAUGUAUAUUGUUGUAGAAGGAUUUGAACGAGAGUUUAAUAUUUGAUUGUUCGACAAUUAGAGAGACUGGACUAUGAAA